AUGGAUUGGUGCAGACCAUAUGGGCCCACCCAUGUUGUAUUUCUUGCCGCAAUCAGUGCACUCUUGGGGAACAACGGGACCGAACCCGGGAAGAUAUCUCAUGCUUGCGCCAUUGUUCUGAAUAUUCUUUCGUUAGUAUCACAAAAUGAGGCCAAAAUUUUCAAGUUAAGGUGUUUUAUUACAAAAGAUGGUCCUCCCAAUAGGCUGAAGAUGAAAAGAAUCACAGCCCGUGCAUUGAUAAACGUUCACAACAAGCAACUUACUUCAAUACAUGCAAGAAGGAUCCUUAGCGCCAUCUCGUGGCAAUAUUUCCCUCUCAAUGGGUAA